AUGAGGAAGGGAGCUGGUGUUGUGAUGAUUACUGGCUGCUGGCUGGGUCUCCUCAUUGAGUCUGAGGGCUGCAUGUUCUGUGCUUUGCCUCACAAGAGAAUACGGGACAGGUUUGAAAGGCUGUGUGAAGAAUACAUGAAACUGACGGGGUCUGCAAGCUGCUCCAAGUACACAGAGGCAAACCUGGUCAAGUUUCAGCUUGAUGAACUAUCGGUUAAUAUGAUCACAGAGAAGGUGCAUCGUGUCCUUCGUGUUAUAGAGUUUAACCAGACGCUGAAAGAUCUGCCCAACUUUUGGAACUGGCUUUAUGAGAAAAAACUUCCGGAAUUAACCCAGAAAUCUAUGUGUGCUCCCAAAUGCCGACGCUCCACAACAGUUACUGACUGCAGCCUGUGCCUUGAGGUGAAAGUUAACUGCUGGAAAAUGAAGACUUGCUGGCCAAGCAUAUUAGACCUGGGGGAAUCCAUCUAUCUGAUCCUUGGUCUGUCAGCAGGCUUGACCUUGAUUGGUUUUGUGGCACUUAUUUUUGAAUCACGCAACUUCCAGGCAAAGAUGGACACAGAGGGUAAAUAGAGUGUUGAGCCUUACACUGAAGGUCUGUGGGCCCUGGCUUCAUUCACAGUGCCAAGUUGCAACAGUGUCCACAAUAUCCAGGUGCAAGGACAGAUCAGGCAUACUGAAAGUGAUCUUGAUUCACAAGUCAGGACAUGAGUAAGAUGUUAACUAUUUUGAUGUACUGUACAAAUUUGCUGUCAGUUGAUGGCAU